UCAUUCUUCAGCCGCAAACGCCACCACCAACGCCGCUGCGUCUGCCGCAGUACAUUGUUGUUUCCCAUUAGAGCACUGCAGCAGAAGAUCAAAGAACUGGUCAUGGAAUCCCCCGCUCAUAAUUUCGGUGGUGUUUGCUACAAAGUCCUGUAUUAUGGAGCUGAAAACUUGAGAACGAUACAACAGGUGCUGGAAAUCACGAUGAUUGAACAGCUGGGAAGGGCCAUAGAUUUGAAGGAGAUGGAUUGCGUAAGGAUUCAUCGGCCUGGAAUUUCAAGAGAAGUGCUUUUUAGAACCGAGAAACUUACCAUCAAGCUUCUUUCAGGGUCAUCCACCGGCAAGAAGCAUGAGGCGACUCGCCUGCCUCUUCCCAAACCGAGGAACGUGCAGCCGCCACUGACUGCAAUUUCAGAACUUGAGAUGCUGGUUUUUCUACCACCUAUUGAUGAUCUUCACCUCAUCUACAGCAUGAUUAGAGUGCAUUUGCUUUAA